UAAUAAAGAUUGAGGAAUAUCAAUAUAAAUCAACCAAUAAAUAAAGAAAAUACGAAAUCAAUAAUCAAAUUACAUAUAAUAGGUGCAGUAAACUAUACGUCACCGUUUCGUCACUCCACAGACGAUAUUAUCAGCUGUUGCCAAAUCGGGGAAAAAGAAUUUCAUAUUAUCCAAAAAUCAAUUUUCGUACAAUCGAUCAAAUUACACUCGUAUCGUCUCGCCCCCACCAGAUGAAUAGCGGCGGCGUAAUGAAGAAGAAGCAGCGCACCGGCAGCAACAGCCGCCUCUCCUCCGUUCUCGCCGAAAUCGAUUCCUCCUACAACGACGGAACCCUAGCCGAAGGCUCCCACAAAUCGCCCAGCCUCCGCCGCUCCUCCUCCCAUUCUCUCCUCCCCCUCUCCGCCCCGUCUUCCGCCGGCGGUUUCAACGACGCCGCCACCGCUGACGUCAUCCUCAGCCUUGUCCUCGACCAACAGUAUCCUCUCGCCGACUUCUCCGAAGCUUCCUCUGAUGCCACCGUCGAUCAGUCCGAGAUUCAGAUCCACCUCCAUUCUCACGUUCUACGCCGAUCCAAAUACUUCGCCGCACUCCUCUCCGAUCGCUGGCAGCAACAGAAUGAAUCCUCUUCCAAUAAUCCAGAAAUUCCACCCAAAAUACACCGAUAUAAUCUUACUGUUCCGGCCACUACCGCUUCCAUCAAUCACCACCUAACCGUCCUGCAACUUCUUUACUCCGAUGAUUUAUUCUCUUCGAUCGAUAAUGUAUCCGCCGCGCUUAAUUUGCUCCCGAUCGCGCUCGAAUUGCUAUUCGAGGACUGCAUUAAGGCUUGCGUCAAAUUGCUCGAGGCAGUGCCGUGGUCCGAAGACGAAGAAGAAAAGAUACUAAAUUUAAUUCCGUUUCUGAGCGACGAAGAGUCGAAGGAGCUCCUUGCUAGGGUUUCUCCAGUGAGACGUGAUUCGUCGGAGGAAAUGCUCCACGGAUUGAUACUUUCCGCAAUUCACAAUCAUCCAAACAUGGCCUUUGCAAAGGCAUUCGUGGCAAAGCUGUUGAGGGAUUUUUCCUCCAGGGAGUCGAUAAGGAGGGUUUUGGAUAAGGCGUUCGAGAAGAGUUUGAGGGUUGUGAAGCAAUCAUUGGAGGAGUACUCGAGUCCCGAUUUUAGAGGUGAUCAUAACGAGACCGAGGCUAUACAGCGGUUGAAUUUGCACACAGCCAUGACUAAUGGGAAGCACUUGCUGUGGUUGGUUGAGAGGAUGAUUGAGCUUAGAGUUGCGGAUACAGCUGUCAUGGCAUGGAGCGAGCAGGCUUCGUUUACAGCGGAUUUGCAGAGGGCGUUUCGUGAUGAUGCAUGGAGGAAUAUUGUUCCGAGCCUUCCUGCAGUUGUGCUCCGUUGCACUAGCAGGCUUGCGAAUGCUGUAGCUACGGGGAAUAUUUUAGCUACUAAACAGGUGAGAAUGAAGCUCGUGAGAGAUUGGCUUCCAGUGUUGAUUAUAUGCAAAGACAGUGUCUCGCCUAUGGGGCCGAAUCACAAAUCACUCUACCUUGAGUUGGAAGAGACCUUCUUAAGAAUUAUAUCCACUCUCCCACUGUCAGAUGCACAAGGUUUGCUUCAGCAGUGUCUUAGCUUUUCAACUCGAAACGUCGAUGACUGCCCACACUUGGUCUCUGCUUUUAGUACUUGGUUUCGCCGUGCAAAUCGACCCCCUCACCCAGACUCCUUUGAAUGAAGUUUCUAUAGUUUGCGCCAUGAGAGCUUUUUUAUCUCUAUUUUGAAACUUAAAAAACUGUUUUUUUUGCAGUUGUUUUGAGCAUUCAAACUUUUCUUUAACUCUGCAUUUGUGCACAAAACCAAGCAUGUGUAAAUUUUCUGCACUUUUCUGCACUGGUCGUAUUCGGUUUGGUUUUUGAAUCGUGCAACUUGUUUUAAACUUAGAGUUUCUUCGUCUGUUCACCUUGUAAAUGAAACAUAUAUUUAUUGUGUAAAUUCUUGUUUUGCUUA